AACCUACUACUUCCCCGGAUAAGAUAACAUCAUCGGCACUGACACAGCACGGGGGCAGCAACUCCAAACUCCUCCCAUCCUGGUCUCCAGCCAUGGCCACCGCCACCUCCCCGCUCCUCUCCCUCUCUUCCCUCUCGGCCUCCCUCCCCUCCCCAUCCCGGGCACCCGCCUCCCUCUCCCUCCGCGCCCUCGCCCCACAGGCUCGCCUGUCGACCUCCUACGCCGCCUUCCCCAUCGGUGGGUUCGGAGCCUCGGCGUCGACGGGGAGGUUGAGGAGGAGGGGGCUGCAGGUGGUGUGCGCCGCCGAGCCGCCCAAGACUGGAAGACAGCCGGACUCGGUGAAGAAGAGGGAGCGCCAGAAUGACAGACACCGCAUUCGCAACCAUGCCCGCAAGGCCGAGAUGCGCACCCGGAUGAAGAAGGUUUUCAGAGCCCUUGAAAAGCUUCGGAAGAAAGCCGAUGCCCAACCUGAAGAAAUCAUUGAAAUAGAGAAAAUGAUCUCUGAGGCAUACAAAGCCAUCGACAAGACAGUGAAGGUUGGCGCCAUGCACAGGAAUACUGGAGAUCAUCGCAAGUCCAGGCUUGCAAGGAGGAAGAAGGCCAUUGAGAUAAUUCGUGGUUGGUAUGUUCCGAAUGCUGAACCUGCUGCAGCUGCCUAGUUUCUGGGGGAGUUGUCAUCGUAAAUUGCAGCAGCUUUUCUUUCAUCACAUCUUGCCAAUUUUGGACAGCAUAUGUUAUUGAACGAACUCUAUAGACUGCCAGUUCUUCCCCAUGGCAAGUGUUCUGGUACUGGCUACUGUGUUUAUGUGCUCUGCUAUGCACUAGAAGCUCUGACACAAUAUUGGGCCAUUGCUUGUCUUACAUUCCUCUGUUGUAAAACUUCAAACCGAAAUAUACCUGCUGUAUGGUGUAUGCAGUUAUCUUCAGCUAGAGAUAAUAUGUUCAGUAUGAAUGCUUUCUCUCA